AUGGCGACAUCAAAAAAUCGAAAUCCAAAAAAGCUGAGGAAAACAAGUAACCAAACACCACCUAUAACUUCAAGUCCAACAACAAUGAAAACUGGGCCAGGACUCUUCUCUAACUUUGGCAAGGUUUCUCAAGAUGUGCUCACCAAGGACUACCUGCUGGAUCGAAAACUUUCCAUUUCAACGACUAGUGUUACAGGCAUGACAUUUACAUCAACGACAACAAAUAAAAAUGGUGUCCCAGCCGCAGAUGUUGAAGCAGUCUACAAGUCUAAGAAGGCGUCAAUUGGUGUCAAUUUAGAUGCAAAAUUAAAUAUUAACUUAAAUUUAACUGGGAAGGAUCUUGUGCCCUCAACAAACACCAGUGCUUCAUUCAAACUUGGAGAUUUUAAAUCUAGCAAGGUCCCUGGAACAUUAUCUAUCACAGAGAUAGCCCCCUCAACAAAGACCAUUGCUUCAUUUCAAUUACCUGAUUUUAAACCUAGCAAGCUCGAGGUUUACUACUUUCAUCAGCAUGCUACUUUAACAUCAACAAUGGCUUUGAAUCAAACUCCGACUGUUGAUGUUUCGGCAACAUUUGGGACAACAGCAUUUGCCUUGGGUGCAAAGGCGGCCUAUGAGGCGUCUUCUAGUAAAUUCUUGAAUUUUGCUAUUGGUAUCAAUGUUAACUCACCACAUUCUACUGCUUCUAUGGUCCUGGAUGACAAAGGGGACACGGUUAAGGCAUCAUAUCUACAAUAUUUUAAUGUGUCAAGAAAGACUGCGGCUGCAGCGGAGAUUACCAGAAAGUUAUCAAAAAACAAGACCGACUAUGUGGUUGGAGGGUGCUAUGCAUUUGAUCAUCGAACAAUGGUUAAGGCCAGGCUCACCAAUUGUACAAAGCUAAGUGCACUCUUGCAGCAUGAGAUAGUUCCUAAAUCGAUUGUGACUUUAUCUAGUGAACUCGACAUCAAAGCCUUGCACAAAACUCCAAAGUUUGGUUUGGCUCUUGUGCUCAAGCUUUGA